AUGGAGAACAGCAGCAAUACGACGGCGGUCCCGGAUCUUCAGGCCAUACUGGCCACUCUGGCUCAGCAUAUGCAACCGACGGCCCCGAUAGCGCCUAAUCCGAGAGACGAAUACGGCUCUCCGACUCCCGAGAUUGACCAAGAAGCAAUCAAGGCCGGUACAGCACCACCGCGGGACCUGGGGCUUCAUGACCCGCGCCUAAGACCGCAAAACAAAUCUGCUGCGGCCUCCCCAAGACCAAUGAUCGAUCCAGCUUCGAUCACAGUCUGGUCAGAAGCCUUGCGUUGUGUGACCAAGAUCGCCGCCCAGAAUUCACAAUUUGCAGUAAGCAUCAAGAGGGUAAGAUUGUCAUCGAGUGAUGCUAUAGGAACCCAUUGACACCGAAUCCAGAUGAUCAAGGACCAGCGUGCCCACGAGAUGCGUUGGUAUACCGAGAGGCAGAAUUUGAAGCAGACGCAGGCCAAUCGCUCGCAGUCGGCAGCCAAAGCUCAGUCCAUCCUGAAGUCUUUGAAUACCAGCUUCUACGGGGCUCCACCUGCUCCAGAGUCUCCAGAGAUCAGCAAAGAGGCAGAGCUGGCAGACUUCGAUCGAAAGAUCUACUCGGCUCAGAAGGCCAUGGACACAGCAAUGACGGCGGAGCUCAAGAGCCUAGGCGUGCCCUUCUUCGGCACAAAGGAACAUCUGGUUGUGUCUGACAAUCCUGGUGUCUCCAAUCAUAAAGGCCCAGAGGACCAGCCAAAACACAGCCAAAUUGUUACGGAGAGCCAACUUCUGGACCUUCGGAGGAAGAUGGUGAAGCACCUGGAAGAUCUGUACCGAGAUUGA